GCUUGCCUCUGCCCACCAUGGAGGCCGCGUUGCUCGCUGGAUCGACUGUAUUUGGCGUCUUUUCGAUGUCGGUGCUGCCCAGCUUCUAUGCUGUGGCGGCGACCCUUGCGAUUUUGACGUUCUACGCGCCCGUAUACAUCCACAAAUCGCGCGGAAAUGGGGUGCUGCUGUUCAUCCUUCUCACCGUCGCGGGCACCCUUGCUCGUGUCAGCUCUGCGGAGAGUGCACUAUCGACACCUGCAUCGGGAGUCUUUCUGCUACUUGCUAUGUCACUACUGGAUUCCGCGAUCUUGCUUGCGGGGACUGCUCUUCCGAUUUACAUUUGCGCCCGCGGAUCCACUACAAUUGGUCGCUUCACCCUGCUACCAGCAGUAUGGUCCACAAUCAUAUAUGUGGUGUCGCUUGUCAGCCCUCUAGGGAGACUAGCCCUCCCAACGUCGGCUGGACCUGCGCAGGCAUAUACCUGGUUAGAACCGCUCUUCGGGCCUGCAGGUAUCGACAUCCUUGCUGCAUCAUGGGGCGUCGUGAUCGCAGAGUUUGGAGGCAUCUGGUACAUGGGUGAAAAGGAGAAAUCGAAGAGGCCAGCGGCAAUCGCAGGCGUCAUUCUGCUCCUUCUUGCCGUCCCGUCCUUCUUUUCCACCGACCUCCCUCUGCCAUUGAUCUCAGACGAUACGACACCGAUAAAUGUAGGAUGUGCGCUUCCAUCGCAUCGCCGCUACAAUCACCCAGGUCGUCCAACCUUCGACGACUUCAUCUCUGAGACGCGCAAGCUUGUCCCUCGCACGGAUAUCCUGCUCUGGCCAGAGAGCGCCGUUUCUUUUGACAGCGUCGAGCACAGGAAUGAGAAGCUGAAGGAGGUGAAGGCGGCGGCGCAGGGAACCUACGUCGGUAUAGGCUUCCUGGAAUCAUACCGGGAGAACGGAAAGGACCAUAUGCGGAACGGCUUUGCACUGGUCUCUGCGCGUUCCUCUGAGCCGGACUUGCUCUAUUUCAAGCGCAACCUCGUACCAAUCGCCGAAUCGUACUCCAUGACGCCCUCUACCGAACCUCCCGAGAUGUUUACCCUGCCCCUCCGCCGCCCCUCCGACAUCCCCAAGAGCGAAUGGGGCCUCCCGCCAACCUACACCCGCCCCAUCCCCCUCUCCGCCUCCAUCUGCCUCGACUUCGCCUCCCCCAAUCCCUUUGCCCACCUCGAAACCCGCCCCGCGCUCCUCCUCGGCCCCGCCUACACCUGGGACGUCGACAUCGGGCGCAUGAUGUUUGCCCAGGGCGCCCAGCGCGCGCGCGAGCUCGGCGCGGCGAUCAUCUGGUGCGACGGCGGGGAGAACGGCGUGAGCGGCGUCGCGGGCGAGGGCGUGGACCAGUCGAUGCAGGUGGGGCGGGGCUCGUGGGUGCGGACAAUUGCGGUGCCGCAUCCGUUUAGCGAGAGGAGGACGGGCUUUGGGGCGUUUGGGCAUGGGUUGCCGCUUAUUCUGAUUUGGGUGCUGGCGGGCGCGCCAUGGGUGGUGAAGUUGCCUGGGGCACCGGGCAAGGUGGCGAGGGGUGUGCAGAGGGGAGGUCAGGCGACCGUGGGAGCGGCACGCUGGUUGAGCGGGGCCGUGCGGGAUAGGAUGAGGCGGCAGCCUGCCUUACCUGACGUUGAGGGUCAACGGCGGGCGCCGCACGUGGAGUCGACUCCUCUUCUCAUUGACAUGGACUGAAGGAACCGCAAAAUUCUCUAUGGCUUGCGCAAAUGUAAGUAGGUCAGGUCUACUGCUCUAUUUCCCCGUGAAAUGUCCCAGUUGCUGGUAUCAAAUGGACUCUUAUAGUCGAAUCUCUGUGCUAUGCGCAAAUGUACUUACACGCGUUGACGUCUCGUAAAGUCCGUUCCCAUGGCUAUCGUGCAAUCGUCGAGUGUCUUUUGUUUCGUUCA